AUGCCUCCUGCUCCUCGUCCCACCCUGGUACCUCGCGCUCUUGCUGCUCACCCUUACCGUGCUGAAAAUCAGUGUCUUGCUGCUCGUGUUUGGUUGUUGGAGUCUCAGCUGGCUGAUUCUCAGUGGGAGAAUUCCUCCCUUACCUCUGCUCUUUGGGAUACUUCCCAUGCUCUCGAAUCUCGACAGCAAGAAGUAGAGCAGUUACGGUCUUCCAGUCAUGAGGUCCUAGAGCAUGAAAUGGAGUACCGUCGCGUGUUGGAUCAGUUCAUUGCUUUGGAUGAAGCCUUACCAGGGACUCCUGGUCAAAGUCUCUUGGAGCAUUUCCAGAAAGUGCAGAAGGACCUUCGAGACGCUACUAGGGAGUGCAAGAUCUCUGUGGAGAAGCUGUCCUCCUCUACCCGCAAGAAUUCACAGCUGACGACCAUCUUGCUGUACCAACAAGGUCUUGUUGAUGAAUCUAAUGCUUUAGCAACAUGUCAAUGUCGCCUUGUGGAGAAAUUGCAAGAAGAGGUCCAUCGUGGUCGCGAUUGUGCAGCUUUAGUCGAGCAAAUGGUCAAGGAGUACCCUGAUGAGGGUUACUGUGAAAUUCAUGCCCAUCCACUAACACAAAAUCCAACUGAGCCAAAAGGCUACUAUGACAGGAUAAUUGUCAUAGGUGGUUGGGACUAUAUAUACCACAUGUAUUAA